AUGAAAGAAAAAGAAUCUGAUAUUUUUUUUCCUGGUGAUAAAGAUGUGAGUAGUUUAAAAGAAUACUUGGAAGGUGGUGAUAUAAAAUUUGAGAAUGCUGAAUUAAAAAAAGAAAGAGAAGAAAUUCGUAAGAAUAAAGUUUUUAUAGAAUGUGUAAAGAAUAUUUGGAUGAAUAUUUUAAAUAAAAAGAUGGAUGAUAAAUUUAGUAAGGUCGAAUAUUUUAAAAUAAUGUUAAGAAUAUGUAAGGUUUUAAUUCCUCAAUUUGAUAUAAAAGAAAUAAUAAAAAUAGUAAAUGAUGAAUGGAAUAAUGAUUCUGAAGGAAAUAAAUAUUUAAAUUUUUCUUCUUUUUUUAAUGCUUUCUUUGAAUUAUCAGAUAUAUGGACACCUACAAUAAAUGCUUAUGAUUAUGCUCAUUUUUUAAAAUCUUUAUUUUAUAGAAUAACAUUUAUAGAAAUUAAAACCAAAGAUGGACAAAUAAUAAAAAAGAAACCAAUGAUAAGAAUAAAUUUUAAGAGAACUACUGAAGAAAAAAAACUAUCUCUUUAUAAUGAUACAUAUAAUAUUCAAAAAGAUAUUAUAAAUGAAAAUAAUAUAAACGAAUUAAAAAAUAUGAAAUCAUUAAAAAGAAAUUCUAUGAUAAUCGAUCAUUUAAAAAAAAAACAUUUUAUAAAAAGAUUCAGUGAGAAUUAUAAAUUAACACACUCAUUUUUAUAUGACAUGGAUGAUAAUGAUGAUGAUAAUAAUUCUUUAAUAGAUAAAAAUCUUUUUGAAAAUCUAUUAAACAAUAAACAAAAUAAUAAUUAUCUUCAAAGAAAUAUUAUUCUUAUGGAUGUUAAUGAUAUAAAUCCUUUAGAAUAUCUUGAUGAAAAAAAAGAAACUACAAAUAAAAAUAAAUGCCAUAUGGGCAAGCAAGACAAAAACAAAUAUGGAAUACCCCAAGGUAUAGAAUAUCAUGAUAAGAGAAAAGAAAGCUCCAUUCUUAUAGAUAAUAAAAAAUAUAAAGACAAAAACAAAAAAAAACUUUUAGAAUUACAAGAUUCUAAUAUAAGUGGAAAUACUUUAAUAUCUAAAAGAUAUACUUAUACUUCUGAUAUUAAUAAAGAAGCUAAAGAAACAGAUGCAAAGAACAAAAGAAGAAACACAGAUGCUUCUUCUAUGUCUAUUGUGCGUCAUGUAGAGACAAAUGAGGAAAAAAAAAAAGAAAAAAAAAAAAGUGUGAAAAAAAAUGAUGAUAAUAAUGAUAAUGAUAAGAAAGAAGAGAAUGCAUUAUUAAAAAGUUUAAUAAUAAUUGAUGGAAUUAAUUUUGAUGAUGUUACUAAGGAAUGUAAAAUUAUUGAUGAUAAUAAUAAUGAUAAUAUUAUUAAUGUGGAUAAUAAGUUGAAGGAAGACAAAUCGUAUGAGUUAUUCUCAUCUGAAGGGAAGAAUCUUAUACUAGGUUUAAAUGAAGGAGAAGAAUUCAAUGAAGAUGUUUAUGAAAAUAUAGAAAAAGAAUUACAAGAAAGAAAAGAUAUAAAGAAUAAAUAUGAUAAAAUAAUGAACAAUAAUAAUAAUAAUAAUAAUGAUGAUGAAGAACUAACUGAGGAUUCAAAUAUAAACAUUAAUAAAUUUCAAAGUAAUAAUAAUAAAGAUAUUAAGAACAAAAAAGAGUUCAAUAAAAUAACAACAAAGGAGACCUUAAAUGAAGAAGAAAUCUCAAAAGAUAUUAAAGAUACUCCUAGAAAAGAUAAAGAAGUUAUAAAAAAAUUAUAUUCAACAGAAAAAAAUGAACAUAGUACUUUAAAAAAAGAAUUAGAAAUAAUAACAAACAAUAAAAAUAAUAAAAUAGAUCUAUAUGAAAAAGAUAUUCAUCGAUCUGAUGAUGAUGAAUAUAUUAAAGUGUUGAAAGAAAAUUUACACAAUAAUGUGAAUGCUGAUAAAAAAUAUGAAGAUAAUAAUAAUAAAACAAAAGAAAUACUUAAGAGCAAAAAUUUUCUAGAAAAUGAAAAAAGAACUCUAGAAGAAUUGAAAUUAAAAGGUAUAAAUAAUAUAUUUAAGAAGGAUGAAAAAUAUAAUUCUUUAGGUGAAUUAAUUAUAAAUAAUGAUAUACAAAUAAAUGAAGAAAAUAAAAAUAACGACAUAGAAGAUAUAAAUAUAUUAAAACAAAAAAUAAUAAAAAGUUGUGAAAGUGUAAAUGAUACUUUCAAAAUAAAAGAUAUAUUAUUUAAUGAUAAUCUAGAAAAAGAAAUGAGAGAAAAAAAAAGUCAACAGUUCAUAGAUAAUUUGUUGAAGGAGAACAAAAAGGAAAUAUCUGAAAAUAUGGACAAAUUAUUUGAUGACAAUUUAAAUCAUAUAUCUGAUAAUCAUAUCAACAUAAUAAAUGAUAAUCAUAUCAACAAAAUAGGUGAUGAAGAAUUUACGGGUGAUAUAUCAAAAAUAGAAGAGGAUAAUAUCCUUAAAAAUAAAAUCAUAAAAUCAUCUGAUGACAUCAUACAAGUUGAAGAAAAUAAAGUAUCUGUAGAAAAAAACGAACUAAUGAUUUCCUUAAAUAAAAAUAUGAACAACACAUAUAACAUGUAUAAAGAAAAUAUAGAUAUUUUUAUUAAUAAAAUUAAAAGAGAAAGUCUUUUAAAAAUAGAUAACAAUAAAAAUAAAGAGACAGAUAAUAAUUUAGAACAACAAGAUGAUAAUAUUGAUAAAUAUAUAUUGGAAGAUUUUUAUGAAAAUGAUUAUAUAAUUAAUAAUAAAAUUGAAGAAACAAAUAAAGAGUUAGAUGCUCUUGAAAUAAAUACACAAAAGGAGUUUAUAGAAAAUCUAGAUAUUAAAAAGAAAAAACAUUCAAAUAAUCAUUUCUUUAAUGAUGCUGAUAAAAUGUUUUAUGAAAUGAAUAAAAUAUUAAAUAAUCAUAUAAAAAAAAAUCAAACACAAGAAAUUUUAAAAACAAAUGGAGAGCUUGUGUCUUUACAACUAGACAAUAUAAAAAAGAAUAACAAGGGAGAACACAAACAUCAUAAAGAUAAUGAAGAAGAAAAUAAUAUAUUAUAUGAUGAGAAUGAAAAAGAAAAUAAUAUAUUAUAUGAUGAGAAUGAAGAGAAAAAUAAAAUAUUAUAUGAUGAGAAUGAAGAAGAAAAUAAUAUAUUAUAUGAUGAGAAUGAAGAACAAAAUAAUAUAUUAUAUGAUGAGAAUGAAGUUUACAGCGUGUUAUAUUCUGAUCAUAUAAUAGAAAAAGACAUAAAUGGAAUAAAUGGCAUUAAAAAGUAUAUAAGUGAUAAAAAGAAGAUUGAAUCAAUACAUGAAGAGAACAACAAAGGAGUUUAUAAAAAGAAAGAUGAGGAUAUGACGAAUGAAAAUAAUAUGAUGAAUGAAAAUAAUAUGAUGAAUGAAAAUAAUAUGAUGAAUAAAAAUAAUAUGAUGAAUAAAAAUAAUAUGAUGAAUAAAAGUAAUAUGAUGAAUGAAAAUAAUAUGAUGAAUAAAAAUAAUAUGAUGAAUAAAAAUAAUAUGAUGAAUAAAAAUAAUAUGAUGAAUAAAAAUAAUAUGAUGAAUAAAAAUAAUAUGGAAUAUGAAAAUAAUAUGAUGAAUGAGAAUUAUUUGAAAGAAUCAGAUUAUUUGAAAGAAUCAGAUUAUUUGAAAGAAUCAGAUUAUAUACAGAUUGAAUAUAAUUUAAAAAAUGAAUUUUAUUCUGAGGAUAAUAAAAUCAAUAAGAUACACAAUAAAGAUAUAAUUAAUGACGUAUUAAAAAGUAACAAUAAAAUUGACAAUGUGAUACAUAAAAAAGAAAAAAAAAAUAUAAAACAUUUGAAUUGUGUAGACAAAACUAAUGAUGUAUGUCUUGAUUUUAAUAAAGAAGAAAAGAUUAAUAUAUAUAAUAACAAAAUAAAUGAGGAUAGAAAAAAAAAUUGUUGUGAUGAAAGUACAUUAAAAUAUUUACCUAUAGAUGAUAUAAAAAAAAUGAGAAGUUUUAUAAAAAUAAAUAGAAAAAGCAAAAGAGAGAAUUUCUUAAUCAUAUCAAAUAUAAAUGAAAGAAUAGAUUUUUUAAUAAAAAAAUUAAAAGUAGAAAUUAUAGAACCUUCAAUAAUAUUAAAUAAAAAUAUAUAUAUAGAAAAACAAUUUUUAUCACCUCUAGGCAAAUAUAUAAAUGAUAAUUUAAAAGAUGGAAAAUCUAUAUCAUCAAAAAUUUUAAUCGAUUUAAUGUUAGAAUAUAUUAAUACUAUAAUAUCAAAAAAUAAUGGAUAUGUAUUAUAUUUUAAUAAUUAUAAUUUUUUACAACAUCUAGAUUAUUUUCUUCAUAAAUUAAAAGGAUUAUCUACAAUCAAUUAUAUUAAUUAUGUAAAUUUCUUAAAUAUAAACUUCUUAAAAAAUGUAAAUGAUAAUAAGAAAGUAAAUAUAAAUGAAUAUUUAUUGGAUGAUCAAAAAGUAAUAGUGUCAAAUCCUUUCAAGGGCAUGUUCCCCAAAUUUUGUAUCAUCUUAAAAAGGCACAACAUGGUCAACUUUCAUAGUGAUACACAUUUUAAUAUCCAAAAAAUUUAUCAACGCAUACUUUCAAAAUUUAAUGACAUACAUAUAGAGUCAUUCAAAAAUAUAAAUGAAGACGUUGAAGAAAAACAGGAGGAUCUUUUUGAAAGUGAUAAAAAAUAUAAAACUAUAAAAGAAGAUAAAGAAGAAAAUGAUAAUCGGAGUGUAUGUUCUGAUGAAUAUUAUUUGAGCAUUGACAGUGAAGAGAAAUAUAACUAUGACGAAAAAGAUGAAGGUGAAGAAGAAGAUGAAGAAGAAGAUGAAGAUGAAGAAGAGGAUGAAGAUGAAGAAGAAGAUGAAGAUGAAGAUGAAGAAGAGGAUGAAGAUGAAGAUGAAGAAGAAGAUGAAGAAGAAGAUGAAGAAGAAGAUGAAGAUGAAGAUGAAGAUGAAGAAGAAGAUGAAGAUGAAGAAGAAGUUGAAUAUGACGAAGAAGAUGAAGUAGAAGUUGACGAUGACGAAGAAGAUGAAGAAUAUGAAGAAGAACAUGACGAUAACAACGAUGAUGAUGACACCUAUGAAGAUCACAACGAAGAACAACAUGAUAACCAUUACAAUAAAAGAAGUGACGAAACAACUCAGAAUGUUUCAAAUAAUAUAAACACAAGUAUCAUCCAACAAAUAAACAACAAUGACAACUCCAAUACUAAAGAUAAGAAUAAACAUGUGGAUGAAUCUUAUUACCAUUUAAUGAAUAAAGAAAUAAAUUUUAUUUAUAAAUGCACAAGGCCAGAUAUAUAUUAUAAAAAUUAUUUUAAUAAUUUAAAAAAAUAUUGUGGUGAUAUACAACAUGAAAGGGACAUGUCAGUGUUAAUAAAACAUUUAAGCGUCUUAUUAAAAGAUGAAAAGGAGAAUAUAAAAAGUAAUGAAGAAGGAGAAGAAUGUAUAGAUAAUCUAUUGAUAGAUAGAAGUAUGAAAUCAAAAAUAGAAUAUAUAGAAAGUGAUGAAAAAGAUGAUUUGAAUAAUAUAGAAUAUAUUGAAAAUCUUGUAGAAUAUUUAAGACCUAAAUAUAAUAUAGAAAUGAUACCUAUUGAUAUUGUGGGGGAUAUUAGAUUAUAUAAAUUAUUUUAUAUUAAUAUGAUAAAAAAUAAUUACUCUUAUUAUUUAAAAAAUAAUUUCUUCCCUUAUAAAUAUAAAAGAGGUAAAACAAAAAAAGGAAUAUUGAUGAUAAAUAUAAAGAAAAGGAAGGCAUAUGACAAUAUUAUGAAUCCUAAAUAUAGUGAUGAGAUAAAAGAAAAUAAUAAGAAAGAAAAAAAUAAUUACAUACAUAAUAUACAUAAUAAUAAUAAUAAUAUUGGUGCUCCAUAUAAUAGGAUGCAAAAUCAUAUCAAUCCAAAUAACUUAUAUGAAAUAAAAAAUACUAAUUUUAAUUUAUAUCAUAGAUACUGGAGUUUAUUUUAUAAAUAUUGUCCUGUAUCUUAUAUAAAUGAUAAUAAAAUUAUAAAAGGGAAGAAAAAGUUCUGUGCUAUUUAUAAAAAUAAAAUAUAUAUGUUAAAGAGUUAUGAUUAUAUGAUUGAAUUUUUAAAGCAUCCUAAAUUUUAUGCAAGCAAAAAAGUUAAAGAAUCUGUUUGUUUUAAUGUGGUAAUGUAUUUUCAUAAUAUGGAUAUUCAAAAAAAAAUAAUUCAUUUGUUAGAAACAUAUGAAAAAAUGAUACAUAUAGAUAUACAAAAAUAUUUCGAGCAGUAUUUUUUUUUAUCACACCAAAACAAACAUAACGAAGAAAAUAACAACAAUAUUAAGAUUGAUAGUAAUAAUAAUAAUAAUAAUAAUAAUAAUGAGGAUGACGAUGAAGACAAUCACAAAAUAGAGGAUGCAUACAUUUUUGAAAUACAUCGUAUUAUUGAAGGGAAAUCUAUAUCUCCUCUUUUUAUUGUUAGAUAUAUAUGUAUACAAAUGAAUCAAAUACAUCAAUUUAAUAUAUAUAUAAUAAAAGAAAUUAUGAAAUCUAUUAUAGAACUUAAACAGAAUUAUAAUAAACUCAUUUUUAAAAAAGAUAUAUUAAUAGAUCAAUAUGAAAGUGAAAAAAAACAUAAAAUAAAAAAAAAAAAAAAAGAAAAGAAAAAGAAAAAAAAAAAAUAUAUAUCCGAACAAAAAAAAAAUCUAUUAUUUCUUUUUUCAAGCAUUAUGAAAAUAAAAUUUUUAUAUAACUUAAUAAUUAUUAAACAGAAGAAUAUAAAAAAUGUUUCUUUUAAAAAUGUGUUAGACAAGUUGUCAAAUAUAUAUAAUAUUGAGGACAUGGCGAAGGAUAUAAAUUUAUUACUAGUCUUGAUAGAAGAUAUGUUUUUGAGAGAAAACCGAAAGUAUUUAAAUGUUGUUGAAAGGAGGGAUAAUAUAUUAUUAAGGGUUAAAAAAGAUGACAGUACAUGCCACCCAGGUCUUACUAAUAAUGAUGAUAAUAAAACCAAUUAUGAUAAUAACAACAAUUAUGAUAAUCACAACAAUUAUGAUAAUCACAACAGUGAUGAUUGUUAUCAUUCAGAAGAACGAGAAAGCAGACAAAGAUAUGUCAUCACUGGGUUGCCAUUAAAUAGCAAAAUAUUUUUUUACUUACAAUGUAUAAAUAUUUCAAUUGAUCAUAUAAUAUCUUUUGAUAUUAUAAAAAAAGAAAAAAAAAAAAAUAAAGACGAAGAAAAUGAAGAUAAUUCAGAUGAUGAUAGUCACAGGGAUAGAUAUAGUGAUGAAAAAGAAAAAGGAGUAACAAAUAUGAAUUUGACUACAGGUUGUUCUUAUUAUUAUCAUAAUGAUGAUAAAAGAAAUGAAGAAGAUACAUAUAAUUUAUACAAACAGUAUGUGUCUUAUGAUUCAUAUAAUGAUAAUAUAUUUUAUAUGAAUAUAUUAAAAAAUUAUAAAAAAAAAUUAGGAUUUUUAAAAAAAAAAAAAUUUGAUGUAAAUAUUAUAUCAUUUGAUGAAGAUGAGAAAAAAAGUAUUUAUUAUUAUUUUAAUGAAAUAAGAAAAAUUAUUAAUCCAUAUAUUCAUUCAUAUUAUAAUUAUAAUGAUAUAUUAAAUAAUUCAAUAUGUUGUAAACAAUUAAAUAAUUCACAUAUAAAUGUAUAUUGUCCUUAUGUUUUAAAAAAACAUAAUUGGUUAUAUAAAAGUAUAGAUAAUAUAAAAUUAGUUUAUGAUGAAAAAGUAUAUUAUCUUUCAAAUAUUUAUCAUGCUUUUAUUUUUAGUAAGAACAUAAAAUAUUAUCAACAUAAUUUUCAUAUCCCACCUUUAAGAAUAUUGUUUUUAUAUGAUCUUCCAUAUAAAUUUAAUAAAGAUAUCAAAAAAAAUAUGGUUCGUAAGUUUUUUUUUAAAUAUAUUAAUCUAGAAAAACAAUGUAUUAUAACUAUUAAAUAUGUAUUCAUUUAUUUAUUAAAAUAUAUUUUUUUAUUUAAAAUAUAUAAAUAUAAUUACAAAAAAAAAACAAACAUUGAUAUAAAAAAUUUCUCAAUUAAUUCUAUACCUAUAAAGAAUCUCCUACAAAACAAAAAUAUAUAUUAUUUAUAUAGAGAAGAUAUAAUAUAUCUUGAAAAUAAUAUUAAUCAAAUAAAUAUAUAUGAAGAACAAAAUAAUGAGAUCAAUGAAUUUCUUAUUUACGAUUUAUUAUUUCAAAUAAUCAAACCUUUCAAUCUAUUUUUAAAUAUUAUAAAAAUAUUGACAGUCAGAUAUAUUCUACAUGAACAUCUACAAAACUGUAUUAUAAAAUAUGACACAUUAAAACAUAGUAUAUUUAAUAUAACAGAUGUCAACUCACUAAAAUAUGUUAUAAAAAAAUAUACACAAAGAAAAUGUAGUAAGGAUCACACGAAUAAACAAGAAGAUUAUAUAUUUAAAGGUGAUAAUAAAAAGGAAAGAAAAAAAAAAAAUUCAAUUGAUCAAGAUGAUAAUUUGAAGAACAAACAAAAUAAUAAUCAUGAAAAGGGAUAUAUAAAUGCAUAUAAGACAAAUAAAAAAGAUGAAGACGAUACAAAUAUAAUUAAUUCAUAUGAUAAUGAUAUAAACAUAACAAGUCAAAUAAAAUAUAACUCAUUUGAUGAUAAUGAUGAUGAUAGUAUAUAUUCAAAUGAAUAUAAUGAAUCCUCUGAUUUCAUCGAGAAUUCCUUUGCUUAUAAUAAAGAUAAUGUAAAUCCUGAACAUCUAAAAAAAAUGUUCUGCAAAAAAUAUGAAAAAAUUAUUUUAAAUAGUAAAUAUAAAUUCUUAAAAAACAAUCCAUUGAAUAAUAUUCAAAAUGUUUUGAAAUAUUCUUUUAGGGUACCUGAAUAUAUAAUUCAUCUCGGAUGCACAUCGCCCAAAAAAUUAUUAGAAAGAAUAAAAAAAGUAAACAAUGUUGAAGAAAUAAAAAUCAAUGAACAUACAAAUCAGCAGGAGAUGUCCAAAAAGGAUGGAAGAAAAAAAACUAAUGAUGAUUCUUAUGUGAUCAAAAAUAACGAUGAUUAUAUAAAAAGUUCUAAUAUGGAUACAAAUAAUAGACACAAUAAUGAAAAAAUAGAAAAAGAUACUUUAUUAGAUAAUAUAAAAAAGUGUUGCAUAAAAAAUAAAAGGAUUGUUGAAUAUCUUAAAAAAUAUAGUAAUAUUUGGUAUAUUAAUAUUGAAAAAUAUCAUAAUAAAAGUAUUCAAAUGUUUAUAGAAAAAAGAUUAAAUGAUAUAUUAAGAUAUAGACAAAAUUUAUAUCAUCAAUUAAAUAUGAAAGUAAUAGAUAAAAUGUGUGCUCAAUUUUUAAGAGAUAAUAAUUAUAUAAAAUUCUCAAAUUUUUAUUUUUAUAGUCCUGUUGAUAUAGAUAAUAUUGUAGAUAUAGAUACAGAGUUUUUAAUUUUAUAUAAUCGUUAUUUAUUUUAUUUCAAAACAUCUGAACAAAUCAAUGAAUUUAUAAAAAAUCCAACCUUCUAUUUAAAACAAUUAAAACCAAAUCCUUCUUUUGUUUUACCAUUUAUUUUUGUAUAUUCAAAUAUACAAAUUAAAAACUUAAAUAAAGAAUUACAAAUGAGUACCAAGUGUGUAGUUAUUAAUAGAGAACAUUUAUUAUCAUUUGGAUAUAAAAUAAAAAAAUAUGAAAAAUAUAUACAAACAAAUAAUAUAAAUGAUAAUAUAUUAAUGCAAAUACUUCUUAUUAGAUUAAAUCAAUAUGAUGUUUUAUCACAUGGAUGUAUAUUAUAUAAUAUACCUUAUAAUAAAAAUCAAUUAUAUUUUCUUUUAUAUAGCCAAAACAAAAAAUAUAUACCUCAAUUAAUAUUUAUAAUAAAACAUCAUGAAAAGAAUAAUAAUGGAAUUAUUAAUAAAGACAAUGAUGAAUGUAUAGUAAAUGAUAUGAAAGUAAAUCACCAUAAUCAUAAUAAUAUAAAAAAUAAUUAUUAUGAUGGUUCUAAUAUAUAUAUGAUUAAUGAUGAAAAAAAAAAAAAAAAUACAAAUAUAAAUAUAAAUACAAAUACAAAUAUAAAUAUAAAUAUAAAUACAAAUAUAAAUACAAAUAUAAAUACAAAUAUAAAUAUAAAUACAAAUACAAAUAUAAAUAUAAAUAUAAAUACAAAUAUAAAUACAAAUAUAAAUACCAAUACAAAUAUAAAUACAAAUACCAAUACAAAUACAUCUUUUAUAUUAUCAAAUAAUAAAAAUGAAGAUGAUUCCUAUUAUAAUUUAUUACAAUUUAUACCUAUUAUAGAAGAAGAAAUUGAAAAAACAAAAUAUAAAAAUAUAAUUUAUAUUGAAUAUAGUAAUUCAUGGAAAAUGAAAUGUAAAAUAACUAACGAUAUUGAAGAAAAAAUUAAAUCAUAUCAAAAAUAUAAUAGAUAUAAAUAUAAUAAUAAACCAGCAUAUUUUAAAGGUUAUAAUAUAUAUGAAAAAGAAAAUUAUGAAGAAGAAAUACAAUUCAACAAUUAUUGUUUAGUUACUUAUAAAAAAAAAAAAAUUCUAUUAAAAUGUAAUAUAUAUGAUAAUUAUACUAUAUAUCAUAAUAAUUCAUUUUAUUUGGUUAAUACAUAUGAUGAUGUAAUUAGUUUUGAAAAGAAUCCAACUGAAUAUAUAAAUGUAGAUGAUUCAUCAUUUAAAAAAUUGGAACAAAUUAAUAACCUUGAUAGUAUUAUUAAUAAUAAUAUUAUACCAAUUGAAAAUGAAGGAUUUUGUUUAGUCUCAUUAAAUGAUGAAGGACAAUUUAUUAAAGGAGAUAGAAAUUAUUGUAUUAAAUAUGAUAAUAAAUAUUAUAUAUUUCAAAAUAAAGAAAAAAUGGAACAUUUUAUAAAUAAUUAUAAUGAUUAUUUAAAUAAUCAAAAUAUUUUCGAUAUCAUUCUACAACAAUUAAAAAAUAAAAAUGAUCUUAAUACAUUAAUAUAUUUAAAAACAUAUUUAUAUGAAAUUUUAUGUCAUGCAUUAUAUGAAUUAGGAAAAUAUAGACCAAUUUAUCCUGGAUUAACAAUUCAAUUAAGUGCAAUUAAAUUCUUAGCAUUAUUCUUUUUUAAAGAAAAUAAAUUAUUUUCUAUACCUCUAAGAAAAACAUACGAACAAAAUUAUCAAUCAUUCUUAACUGAUUGUGAUAUACCAAUACAUAUACAAAAAUUAAAACAAAAAUUCAAAAAUAAUUCUACAAAUAAAAAUCAAAGUAUAAACACACCUAUCAAUAAGUGGACAAAAAGGGAUAUCGAAAAUUAUCAUAAAUAUAUUAAUUUAUAUGACAAAAUUUUGUAUUCCCAAAAAAAAACACCAAAAAAAAAAAAUAUGCAUAAAUAA